AUGCAAAGCGUUGUGGCAGCUGGUGCCGACUGGGGAUCAUCUGCUCAUCGGUUUCCAUACUACGUAGAUGGGGAGGCCACACGGCCCGCUCAUUUCCAAACCACCGUUGCCGAGAACCCAGACCGUCCAUAUUUGGGUGAGCGAAAAGUGGUUCACAAUGAAGAUGGUAGCACAAGUGCUGGCGAAUACGAAUUUGUGAGCUUCAAGAAGGCUAGUGAUACUGCUACUUUAAUCGGCUCGGGGUUGAAAACCCUGGGCAUUAAGAAAAACCAGCCAUUCGGUCUGUACUCGAAGAAUCGAAUUGAAUGGAUGCUGAGUGAUCACGCUCUUUUGUCAUACACUCUGCCCUCCGUUGCAAUCUACGACACACUCGGUCCCGAUUCUGUACACUAUGUGAUGGAGCAUAGUGAAAUGGCCGCAGCCUUUUUCGAGAAGAUUCGUCUCGAGUCCGUGCUUACAGCAAUUAAAAAGGGUCUACCAAAUCUCAAGUACGUCAUUUGCUUCGAUGCCGUCACGUCUGAGGACAAGGCCAAAUUCACGAAAGCGGGCGUUGAGCUACUCAACUUGUACGAGCUAAAGGAUAUGGGCGCGGAGAAUGUGUUCCCACACGAUCUUCCCACUGCAUGGGAUGUUGCGGUACUUAUGACACAACAGGCACCACAGGUAACCCCAAAGCAACGCCUGCAUGUGAACAGCCAUGAUGUGCACUUCGCAUUCCUACCCUUAGCUCACAUAUUUAAAAGGGUUGUGCAAGCGGUAUGCAUCAGUCAAGGAUGUAGCAUAGGAUUCUACCAAGGCAAACUACCGGAGCUAAUAUUGGAUAUCCAGACCUUAAAGCCCACUUUCUUUAUCGCUGUACCUCGUAUUCUCUCACGAAUCUACGAUAAGAUCAAUCGAGGUGUCAAGGCCGGAGGUCCCGAGAAGGAAGCUGCUUACAAAAACGUCUACGACAUGCGUUUCGCAGCUCUGGAACGUGGUGAAGACACUCCUAUGCUCAAUGAGAAAGUGUUCAAUCGAAUGAGCAUGGCGCUGGAUGGACGUGUCAAGUGGAUCCUUACCGGCUCAGCACCUCUCGGCACGGCUAUACACGAGUCUCUACGAGUUUGUGUGUGUCCCGUUAUCAUGGUUGGCUAUGGAUUAACUGAGACAACAGCAGGUGCUACUAUAACUCACUACAACGACAUGAAGCUCGGCCAUGUGGGAUCACUAUUGGCUUCCAAUGAGCUUAAGCUAGUGAGUAUUCCCGAAAUGAAUUACCUGACAACUGAUGAGUGCCCUCGUGGCGAGGUGUGUGUGAGGGGCACCAAUGGUUUUGGUUCGUACCUGAAAAAUCCCGAGAAAACAAAAAAGGAUAUCGACGAGGACAGUUUGUUCCGCACUGGAGAUGUAGGUCGUUGGAACCCUGGUGGCACGUUAUCCAUAAUUGGUCGUCAUAAGUCCAUUUUCAAACUAUCCCAGGGCGAGUAUCUAGCCGCUGAGAAUCUCAAAGCUAUGUAUGGAAAGUGUGAUCAUAUUGCGCAAGUAUUUGUUACUGGUGACUCGUUCCACGCCUAUCCCGUGGCCGCAGUGGUACCCGAUGCUGAGAUGAUUGUUGCUUGGGCAAAGGAAAACAUUAUCCCUGGCGAUGCUAAGAGUAUCGCUGAAACGCCGGAAUUGAAAGAUAUGCUGGCCUCAGAGGUACUGGAGAUGCACAAGGAAUGCAAGCUCAAAGGAUUCGAGAAGCUCAGAGAUUUCAUUGUUGAACCGGAAGCUUUCAGCAUUGAUAAUGAAUUACUCACACCCACCUUCAAGCUGAAAAGAGUGAACGCGACUAAAAAGUACCAGGAUCAAAUCGCAAACUUAUACGACGCGAUCGAGAACAAUCAAUAG